CAGAUGAAGGUAGCAUCCAAUGUGUUCGAUGUUAAGAUGAGAUGAGUAAACAGGCUGAGGAGGAUUACAGAGCCUUGGAGCUGUACCUCAUACAGGCAGAGGAAGAAAUAGGUUUGACCCUAUCAGGUACAUUCAGUCCACAGGAUUUUAGUGGACAGCCAUCCGAUCAGGAUCACCAUGGAAACAACAACAAUGACAUGUGUACUAGCAGUCUCACAGGAUCCUCAACUGGCAGUCACCUUGACAUUGGGUCAAACAGUUCAUCAAUCAGUUAUCAGGAAAAAGGGGAGAUAACUGAUGUUACCAAACUUGAUUUACCUGGGCUAACAGUAGACUCUGGGUACUCAAGUCAACAUAGCAAUGACCUUGAAAAUGACCUCAGUAUUACCAGUACUACAGCUCCUAUAAUUUAUCAAUACCAAGGGGAGAUAACCUGUGAUGGUAAACAUGACCUGGCAGGGUUGCCAGUGGACUCCAAUCCACUCAAUGGUCAGGGCGAACAGACGCGUACUGUUGAUAAACACAGAAACAAAACACGAGCUGUUGAUUAUCACACAAACAAGACGUCCCUGGAUGGUUAUCACUACAUACCUGAGAUAAGCGAUGUGGACAACUGCUGUUUCGGGGACAAGGACCUGGUGUGCAGCAGCGUGGAUGUCGGUGAUAACCAAGACUUAGGAAUACUAAGUGGGCGUGGCAGGUCCAUACACGAUAACAACUGGAAUCUCCAGGAAUUAACUGCAGCUAUAGCAGAGGAAAUACGGGUCCCCGAUGCUGACAGAAAAAAACAAAAUGGUGAUAAAACAACAGAUUCUGAAAAGUUAAAGGUCAUACUUGGAGAAUGGAAUGAUGCUUUGAAUGAUUCUUCGUCAUUAGAAGAUGAUACUGUUCCCAAUAUAACAUGUAAUUUGGAGGAUUCUGUGUCAUUGCUAAGUGAUGCCAGUUCUGAUGCAGUUUCCGUAGAGACCUCAGAAUUUGAUCAAAGGUCACCAAGUGCUAAACAUCUAAGGUUACAAAGUUUAACUGAAUGUCAAGCUGAGGUAGUGGGACACAAUACACUAUCAGUUAAACAGGUUCAACAGGAUAAAAACCGUUCUAACGAUGUUUGUGUUCUUUCAGAAGAAACAUUCACUCCUAAAUGUGAAAAUGAAAUUUCUAUAGAAGACGAAAAUAUUCCAAACGCAAAAACAGCUGAAAAUUCUAUAAAUUUAUACUCAAGUCCGUAUAUUAGAGAAACAAGCAUUGACGAUUGUAGUGACUCUUCUGAGAUAGAAAAAGAUAUACCCAUAAUAGAGAAAUCAACUGAGGAAUCACUACCUUUGACAUCAGAACCAUGCACAUGUACAACAAAAGAAGACAGUGAUUCUGCUCAGAAUACUGAUGAUUCCAGGCCUUUAGACAGAACAAUAUCAGUAGAACAUUCUAUAGUAGAUCCUUUGUAUUCAGCUGAUCUUCAGAACAAUUCUGUUCUAGACCCUGUGUGUUCAACAGAUCUACAGAACAGUUCCAUUCAAGAUCCUGUGUGUUCAGCUGAUCUACAGAACAGUUCUAUUCAAGAUCCUGUGUGUUCAACCAAUCUACAGAACAGUUCUGUUCAGGAUACUGUGUUUCCACCUGGUCUGAAGGACAGUUCUACUGUAAAUCCUGGUCUACAGUACAGCUCUAUUGUGGAUACUGUGCAUUCACCUGGUCAAGAGAUUAACAGUUCUACUCAGGAUCCUGUUUGUUCACCUCGACUGAAGGAUAACUGUAUUAACGAUACUGUGUGUUCAACUAGUCUUGAGUGCUCAACUGAAAAACAGGACAACUCUACCCUAAAUUCUGUGUGUUCACCUGGUCAACAGAUUAAAAUUUCGACUCCACAUCCUGUAUGUUCACCUUGUCUGCAGACCAACAGCUCGACUGUGGAUUUAGAUCAUUUUCCACCCGUGGAUAAACCACUAAUGAAUAUUCCUGUCACAGAUCAUUUCAAAGUAGAAUCUAUUGGUUUACCUGUAAUUAGGCAUGGAAAUGAACUAAAAGAUACCAAAACUAUUCAAGACAUUAGGCCAAUAUCAAACACUGUGUUGGUAGACUAUAGCAAGACGAGAUCAGGAAUUAUUGCAGAAAGUGUGUUGUCUCCUGUCGAGGAAGACAAUAGUGUAUCGGAAUUGUGUUCUCCAGAUGUACUUCUUGAUGAUUCCAUAAAGCAUGUCGCUGACUCCUUGCUACCCACUGAUAUCUCAGUGUCAGCAGAUGAAUAUGACUUACAGAAGGUAGAUAAUCAUGUGGACAGGAAAGUGUAUGAUAAUGUCUACAUAGGAGAGGUGAAACAUUCACCCUCAGCUACUGCUUCCUUCGAUCAGACUCCAGGGGAUGUAGGCAGAUGUAGCACCCCAACUUUCGUUCCUUCUGUUGACCGAACAGAACAAAUCAUUAGCCUCACUUUGAAUCAGCACCGAAUACUACGACGGUCAAAAACGCUUCCAAACUUUUCUCCAUCAAAGAAGCAGAAGAAAUUGAACAAUUCUGUAGUGGUAGACGACCAUGUUAACACACCAUACAAGGGAGAUAAUUAUGUGUUCAGAGACAGUUAUUUACGAGGCUCUACAAGCUCCUCCCCCGGAGGUCUACUAGUCACUGAUAUUGAUGACCCAACACCAGUGUUCAAAGUCCAGAAACAUGCACUGUCAACCACGGCUGUACAGACGUCGUUUGAUGACAGCAGUAAUCCUUCGAGUCCUAAGCAUGUCGCAAUGUUGUCGGAGCAAAUCAGCAUAGGCACUAACACUACCGACUCAUUGGAAAGACCGAAGACUCGAGCUAAGCGACUCGAGAGACUCCAACAAGCAGAGAUCUCUAACACUGCCACUACAGAAAUCUUCUUUGAUACCAGCAAGGUCAAAGUUAAUCCUGUAGGUCAUGUGACGUCUUUGCCUGCUAAUCACAUGACAACUCUACCCAACCAUAUACCAGUGAAAAACAUGAACAGUGUUUCCACAAAUCAUGUUGUUGAUGAUAAUGUAACACCUACGAAUCAUGUGACUGGUCUUUCAGCAAAUCAAGUGACUGUCCUACCAUUUAAUCAGUUGACAAAAGUUUCCACUGCAAAUCAAGUUCCUGUGAUUCCCUCAAGUCAUGUGACUGUUAACCAAGCUCUAACCCAAAACACGACCAAGCAUGCGAGUCAUAUUACACCAAAACCAAAGUUACCAACAAUGGAACCUGUCACUACAUCAUCAGUUACCUCUCCUGCCAUGUCAUCUGUCCCUAAGCCAUCCAACUUUCCUGAAAAUUUCCAGCCAAAAUCACAGCAAGGAUAUAUGAUUCAUGACGAAUCUCCUGAAAUGCAAGUUGUUGUUAAUGCUACUAGUCCUGUGUUACUAAGGCGAAAGCCAGCCAGCAGUAGAAACAAACAGCGUGACAUAGCCAGAAAGGAACUGGAGAUGUAUGCUAACGAUAAUGAAUAUUCAAAAGUGAAGAACGAGUCAAAGUUCAUGGAUAAAGACAUGUCUAAAACAUGGGAUGGAGUGUCGCGAAAAAAAUGGAAACAGUACUACGCACCCAUAAUGCAAUCCAUGCUUCAAAAUGGGGCUACGACUGAUGAAAAUUGCAAUGUGAAAUUUGGGUCACAGAGUCUCCAACAAAGAACUCUUUUAGAUCAGAUGCAUAAAAAGUAUUGUGCAUACCAGUAUGAAAAGGGGUUGGAAAUCCCUUGUCUGGUCCCCCAACCUCUUGUACUCAAACCCAGUCCUCCACCUCCUGAUAGAAUGAGAUCAAGAUCAUGGCUACUCAAAAACUACGCAAUCACCCUACCAGAUCCCGCAGGUGGCUCCAAACCAAAUUCCGCUGGUGGCCCAAAGCCAGACACCACAAAUGGUUCAAAGGCCGAUUCCACCAAAAGCAGUUCAAUACCCGGCUCACCUACACUGCCACCCUCCAGAGACGGGACACUCAAAAGGCAGAAAUCAGAUGACCACCAAACAUAUUCCACAGACAGUUCAAGGGACACAACUCCUACAGCUCAGCUGUCUCCAACCACUCCAGAAUCUGAUGGCGACCUGAAACUACAACCUGCAAAAGGAGAUGCAGAAAUUGAAGCUGUCCAAGCGUGCAGAUGGCUGAAGGAGGCUGGUUUUCCACAGUACGCCCAAAUGUAUGAUGAUGGUCAUUAUCCUGUGAACAUUGCUUCAGUUGAGAAGGAACAUGAUUUCCUGGAGAAGGACUCACUGCAGCCUCUAGUAAGGAGGCUGAAUACCUUGAACAAGUGUGCAAUAAUGCGAGUGAGCACCCCAACUACUAAAAAAGGGGGUGAAGAUUCUGACGACGAGGACCAAUGUGCCUUGAGUGAUAAAUGGAAGUACCAAUACAAUAUUCGACGAUGGUCAAGGAAGGACUUUAACAGCCCGACCUCAGAAGACCAGAACACACUGGUAAAGUCUAGUUCUAGUAAUGACAGUCUACUGACUGAUCAAAAUAGUAAUAGUGAAACAGACAACAGUCCAGUUCUGGACACCAAAGUCUACCACACCAAAGGUCAGACCAAUGACGACUAUUUUGGUGUAAAGACGUCAACCCCGGUAAACAACAGGGACAAUAUGUCAUCGUCAGUGACGAGUCCAAGUUUGAGACGAGCAGCCAGUGAAAGAAUUAAAGGUGCUAAAAACUUCCUCAAGCGAGUUGAGAGCUUGAAAAAUAACCGGAAAACAAAACGGAUCGGAAACAAGAAUGGAACCGCUGUAGAAAUUAGUGAACCUGUUAUCAUGGACAGUGCUAAUAUGAAGGAAAAAAUAAGGCAUUUGAAUUGUAAGGACUUGAGUCCUUCUUCAGAAAAUGGACCAAGUUCCCCAGAAAGUGGGUUAGACCGGGAAACGGCAAUACUAAAUUCAGGUGAUGUAACUCCAACAUCACCAGAACCAUGGUCAGAUGAAACGACAAACUACAAGGUGCCAAAUGUAAAUACUAAAUCUCCCUCUGGGUCCUUGUCACUGCAGGAACUCUCAGACAUUGAAAGUGUCUUACAGACAACAUCAACAUUUUCAACAUCUAGUACAGACAGUGAUGAACCUUUGCUUGGGAGUUCGCCCAGGAAACAUUUCUCAGUACGGAGAAAUCACAGUGAAAAUAAUUUAACGGAGGGUAAUAAUUAUGAUUUACCGCCAAGUCGACCUGGACGAUUUCCUAAAGAGUUGAGCUCUAGUUAUAGUGGACAUGGUGUAAAGCACCGGACAGGUAGUUGUAAUUUGGGUAGUGAUAAGUUAAGUAACUCAGACUCUUGUACUCCAAUGGUCAGACGUCGACGGGGGUCAGCUGAUCCGAGACUGGCCGGACACCGGACCAGUUACUAUGACAACGUGAAGGAGGAGGAGGAUCUGCAAUCAACACAAAAGGAGCUUGAUUUGAUUCUCCAUCGUCUGUUUCAAGAUAUUAAUGGCUUGAACAAAGCCAUCUAUGGAGAAGAUGCUGCUGAUGUAGAACUCCCUCCUUCACUCCAAAAUAGUUUAAAUCUGAAUAGCCUUGACAUUGAGGAUGGCCAGGUGAUUAGUGGCAUCAAUUCCAGUGACUUUGAUCCCGAUAAUGAUGUCACUGGUGGAACAGUGUCCUCCCCCGAGAGCAGCGACCAUGACAUUCCAGGUGAAGAUAUGUCCCACGACGAUUCCACAGAACAGGUCAUCUACCGAGAGAGGCGGGACUCUGGGGUUGGAUCUUCCCUCACCCGAACCCCCAGUGACAGAAGACGAUAUCGGAUACGCUGGCAUAGUUUCCAAAAGUCACAUCGACCGAGCUAUGGAAAUGAAAACAUUCAGCUAACGUGUCUGUCAAUCUGUCAACUGAUGGUCCUACAGAAACUUUCACUCAUCAAGCUCACAGCACUCAUAGAAAAAUACUCUCCCAACCGGCCCGGCUGGAACUGGACGGUCCCUCGCUUCAUGAAGAGGCACAAAGUGCCCGACUACAAGGACAAGGUGGUUUUCGGCGUGCCCCUGUUAGUGACUCUACAGAGAACAGGGCAGCCCCUUCCCCAAUGUAUACUCCAUGCAAUGCGCUACCUCCGCAAAACAUCUCCGGAAGCUAUUGGUAUCUUCCGUAAACCUGGUGUCAGGUCCCGUAUACAGAAGCUGAAGAAUGAACUUGAGGCAAAUCCAGAAAUGGUGUGUUUUGAGGAUGUACAGGACUUUGAUGUUGCUGAUCUCCUAAAACAGUAUUUCCGAGACCUCCCUGAGUGUUUACUCACCAACAAACUCUCCGAGAUCUUCAUAAACAUCUUCAUCUACUUACCAGCUGAGCAGAGGGUGGAAGCUCUGCAGUCAUCUGUACUCCUUCUCCCUGACGAGAAUCGUGAGGUGCUAGAAUCUCUCCUCCUCUUCUUGUCUGAUAUCUCCCAGCAUGCAUCAGAACACCAGAUGACAGCAAGUAACUUGGCAGUAUGCCUUGCACCUUCACUGUUCAUGAUGGGUGGCUAUAAGAUUGGGAGCCAGAGUCCCAGCCCUCGCCGCCCAAGGAAAAACCUUGGUGUUCCUGAUACCCGUGAACUGUUGGAACAGAAAGCUGCCCACGAGUGUCUCACCAUGAUGAUUGUGGAAUGUAAAAAGAUCUUCACAAUAUCUACAAGCACCUUGAGCAAGUGUCGGUUCUCCUACAUAGAACAGGGCAACCCUGUAACUAUGGAGGAGUACAAAAUGAGAUCGACUGAGGACGUCCCCGGGUAUCAAUCUGACGUAGAGACCUGUAUACAGGGCUUACAGAAGGAAUCUCAUGAUAAGUUCCGUGGCUGGGUUUCCACAUCUUGUAGUCAUAGCAUUGACGUGUCCUACAAGAAAGUAGCGGAUGGUCAUCCACUACGUCUGUGGAAGUUCCAAGUAGAUGUGGAAGCUCCCCCAGAUGUUGUUCUGGACAAGCUCAAGAAUGAGAGACAACAAUGGGAUGAAGAUCUACUGAAGUGGCGAUGUAUUGAGAAACUCGACCAACAGACUGAUGUGUUCCAAUGCUCUCGUAAUUCCAUGCCGCCACAUCCCAGUCGGGACAUUGUUGUCCUUAGGUCGUGGAGAACAGAUCUUCCCAAGGGUGCAUGCUGUCUGGUGUCGUUUUCUGUGGAACAUCCAAAAGCAGAGCUGCUUGGAGGUGUUCGGUCAGUGGAGCUGGCUUCACAUUUCCUAAUGGAACCAUGCGGCACCGGCAAAUCACGUAUAACCCACAUCACCAGGGUCGACCUCAGAGGGCGAACGUCCGAGUGGUACAAGAGGUCUUUCGGUCACAUCACUUGUGGGAUGUUAGAAAGAAUAAGAGACUCAUUUAAACAGACUUCAGAAGGACCUGACCGUGAGUCAACGGUGUAGCAAGAUCACCAUGGCAACAGAUCACAUGACCAAAUUGUGAUGGACUAGAAGUGAUUGCCAUGGUGACAUACCACAUUGAUGCCAACACACUUGAGUUACCAUUUCAUUGGAGAUCUUCACACAUUCCUUCAGAGCAGUUUCACACUAUUAUCUGCUAUAGCCUGGGGCCAUGAAGAGGAUGGCAGAUCUCUGGUGAAGUGAUGUCAAUCUCAAGGAAAUUCAAUUAGUGCUUAUCUGGAAUCAUCACAGAGUGAGAUGAAAGACAGGUUCUUUGUGAAGGAGGUUCAAACAAAGCUUGUAAUAUAAUCUAUACAGUGAGGGUAAAUUUUACAUCUGUUGGCAUUCAAGGUGCUGGCACAAAGACUGCCUCAAUAAAAAGUGUGUACUAUUUAAAUCAAAUCACUUUAAGUGGUUUUCAUGGUAACAGACUGACCAUAUGGACAGAGCGUAGCGGGGGACGGGUCUGAAAGCAGGUGAAAAUCUGAUAAUCCUCAUUUGUUGUAUUAUGAUAUUUUUAAGUCAUUGCAUUUAUGAUAUUAGGUCACAGAUAUGUCUGUGUUGUUAUUUUAUGACAGAUAUAUCUUUUAUCUGAAGUUGUUAAAAUAUGGAACAAGGGCGUUUUAUUACAAAGUGAACAUCUGUUCAGGAAUAUAUUAAAGAUUGUUCAAAAUAUUAAAAAUCUUUAAGCUGAGCAAGAGAUAUUUUAGAAAUAUACUCGGUUGUUGAAUUGGAUGUUAUCUCAAUAAGUUGUAUGGUACAUUUUAACCAGGAAUUCGAGAAAAAAAAAAGACAUAUUCAAAUAUUGAAGAUACAGAAACAGAAAUUCUAAUACAGAGUAUAUGUUGUGAGUAUAGGGGGAACUUAGGUUUACUAUACACAGGAUAUGUUGUUUUUUCUGGAAGAAGAUUGGCUUGUACAUCUACAAAGUGUACAGUAGUUUUCAUUGUACCUUUAGUAACAGACCAAAGAAAAUGAAAUUUAAUUCAACUAGGAAGUCAUGUAUUUUGAUAAGUCCACAAGACAGCUUUUUUAUGUGUUAAAUCAAAUCUAAAAACUAGCUGUUCUAUAUUUGUUUUCAAAAGAAUUAGAUUUUCACUUAUUGUCAUAAAUAAAUGUUCACAUGAUACCAUCAUGGUGAUUCAUGUGUGAUGUGAAGUAUUCAAACAUCUACACUACAAAAGGUUUUAACAAAACAGCAGCAUAGUAUGUAACAUUUAGGGAUGUUAUUUAAAUGUACAAUCAAAUCUACUGGAAAUAAGAUCUACAAAAUAUUUUAUGAGAUCCAUUAUUUAAAUAUUGUAAUGUGCCACUUUCUCUUUCAUUUUUCAUGAACAUAUUUUUUCUGUAAUUGUGUAUUUUUUUCUCCAAAUAUUGUUAAAACAGUGUCUUUUUGUCUUUUUAUCCAUCAUUAAUAUUGUGUAGAAGAGGAGCUCAAAAGAAUUUGCAUUUAAUGUCAAAAGAAGUUUAACCCUGAACUGAGAGGUAAAAUGGUGUACCAAUAACCAGAGUAGCAUUCUAAUGAUCGUACCCAGUAGAUGGAACGGUCUGCAUUACCAUCCUGUCUACCCCUGACAAGUUUCACAUGGUAUAGUCCAAUGGCUCAGUUAGGGGCCAGACUUAAACAUAUACUCAUAGAUCCGUAGGGAUCAGAAAUUGGAACAGAUUGGGAUAUAAACAGUUUGCAGUGGACACAGUGAUAUUUUUUUUUCAUUGUUUUUUCCCCUUUUUUAUAGGUAAUUGUUUAGAAAAGCUACUUUUUUGUAGAACUUGUAGCAUUUCAUUUAUUUAUUUUCAAUGUAAUGAAAACCUCAGGUUUAAAUGAAAUGGCAAGUACUGUGCGAGAUGUCUUUACUUCGAUAUCAGCAGAAUAUUUAAACAAGUAUUGAAGUUUUAGUGUAAAAUUGAAACAUGUUUUUGUAGCAUACAAGAGAGUCCCUUAACUUGCCAAAAAAUAUACAUCCACAAAUCACUUGUUAAAGACUGUACAAAGUGAAGAUUUAGUAAUGAUCACUGCCAAUGUAGAAAAUUGUCUUCGAUAUUUUGUCUGAAAUUUAUCAGAAAGGGAACACUCAGGUGUAAUUAGAUAUUAGUAUUGUAGAAUAAUAUUGAGUACAAGGGGAAAUAACUGUGGUUAGUUAGAUAACUCGGAUCAAGAGAUUAUGGUCUUGCUUGGUUAAAGAUAUUGGUAUACAUAGCUCUGACAGUUGAAUUUAACAACUUGAGAGGGGCUGGGACCAAAACAAAACUAAAGGAGAUAUUAAAGGUAUUUUAUAGAGAUAUGUAUUCUGUAUGAUUAUUGGGGGACCAAGAAUUGAUUCUGAGAGAAGUGGGAGAUUCUGUCAGAGUUUGUAUGUUUGUAUGUAUAUCAGAGAUGUACAGCCUAUUGUGGAGAAUCUUAGCUCAUGCAAUAUAGUGCUGGGUUUGAGUGAGGAGGUGAAAUUAGCAUUACUAGUUAUUUUUAUUUUCAGUUCAGCAGCUCAGAUUUCCACUUGGUGGAGAUUUGUUUUUCCUUUGAACUUUGGUGCUAGUCACAGUUUGUUUAUGUAUCUGUGUAUUGUGUGGUAUGAUGUCGGAGCAUUGUGUAAUUUCCUUAGUCCCAGUCCUUGAAUUGUCAUGUGCUGUUUUCCCGGUUCCAAGCAAUUUCGUUUGGAAUAUUUUUCAAUCUUUUUAGGGAUAUCAUAUUAACAUACAGGAGAACCUUUCUGGAAAUAUGAGCGAAAACCGAAAUAGUUUGGAUCUGAUGUUUCACAACGCACAAAAAAAACGUCAAUCUGAUAUUUUAAAACACCUCUUCUGUGGUUUAACGUGCAUUUUCUAAGUGGGCCAAAAAAGAGGUUUAUUCUGUAGAAUUUUCUUCAAUGAAACUUUGAAAUUUCAAGAAAGAGAAAAAGUGGGAACCUGUCAAUUUACGAAUACAAAAUUAAAUAAUUUUAGGUGAAAAAAGUCCUGUUCCUGUCCGUGUCUCUUUAUCCAUUACAAGCUAGAGUAUAAAGUGAUUACCAGGUGAUAUCCAGUGUAUUACACAGCAUCUGAGGCAACCAACCAUGUUUAUUAAGUUGGGCUAUAAUAUUAAAAGGUGGAGACUUACCAAGAUCUGGAAGUAUAGAAAGUAAUCCCUGUACCUGUCCUACUGCACUAGCACCUAUGUCAUUACAUAGCAAAAUCCAUAAAAAAAACCCAAAAUACUGUACCUUUAGGAUGUAAAUGUUAUUGCUUUAGAUGGAUUGUUAAUUGAGCAUUAUCAAAAUAUUAAAGCCAUAGUCCAUGUUUCGAAUAUGAAACUUUUACUCUGCAUUUUUGAAGCUUGAAGAUUCAUUGGGUUUUCUUCUCACUAAAGCUACUCCUACCAGGAAUCUUUGGAUCAUUCAACAAAGGUGGACAUUUAAAUUAACUGCAGUUUUGUUAGUUGGUCACGCUUCACAUUUAAUAAACUCAUAUUGAAGGGACGGAGUUUGAUAUGAAAUGCAUGUAUUUGGAUUCAAAGUUUAAAUACAAAUUUGACUCGAGCAUUUAUUUCCACACAUCUGAGCAGUUAUUUUACACAUGAGAGGAGUGAAAAGGAGAGUUAUGUGUAAUGACAUGGGCGCUAAGUAGGUUGGAUAUGGUACACCCUGUUUAUGUGUUAUAUAUUGCCAGUAUAUAGUCACUGAUAUUGAUGUUAUCUACAUUCAUUACUUAUAUAUAUAUAUAUAUUGUUGCCAGAUGUAAUAUUGGUGUGUACCUCAGUGUCGGCUCUACAUAAUUCCUUGUACCAUGUUAUUGUAUGCUAUUAUUAUGGUGACAUAAACGUCAUUGAUUCAUUUACUAAACAACUCUAUAUAUUGACUUAAUAAAUAUGCUCUCAAAUAUA